CUCCUUUAGUCUGAGGCAGAACUUGCUGUCCCGUGCAGACAGGGAAAAAAAGCUGGCCGCCUACUAGCUAGCUCUGAUCAUCAGGCUAGUACCCAGAACAUAAGUGAGGCAACUGGAACGCCACCACGGAUUUCCUGUGGGACAAGCGCACGGGUCUCGCUGCGAAAACGAUGCCUCACACAAGACGCUACUCGUCUUCGGACAGAGACAGUCGAAGCAGCUACCAGGACCGCUACAGAGACAGCAGAGGCAACUACCAGGAUCGUUACAGAGACCGAGACAGGGACAGAGGGCGAAGACAGCGGCACAGAAGAUCACCAUCAUUUUCAUCCAGCAGUGACAGAGAACGAGACAGAAGGGGGCGGGGACACAGACAGGAAGGAAGCUUUGUACGCUCAAGGAGUCGUAGUUUUGACAAUCGCUUAGUGGAGCACCGGCCAUAUGACCGAAGAUACUACGAACGGGACCGCGACAGAGAACGAGAACCACAUGGAGCAGCUGAAAGUUACUAUCCACGCAACUUCUCUCCAAACGUGUACGACUAUCGACGCGGCCGUGAGAGGGAACGGGAAGAGUCAUACAGGCGGAAAGGCAGCAGGCGUAAGCACAAACGAAGGCGGCGUAGAACCAGGUCCUAUAGCCCGUCCUCCUCGCGGAGCGGCAGCCGGACGCGGGCACUGAGUGUGAGGGACGACGAGGAAGGGCACCUGAUCUGUCGGAGUGGGGACGUCCUGCAAGAGAGAUAUGAGAUUGUCAGCACUUUGGGGGAAGGCACCUUUGGGAGGGUAAUGCAGUGCAUUGACCAUCGCAGGGGAGGAGCCCAUGUUGCCCUAAAGAUUAUCAAAAAUGUGGAGAAAUACAAGGAAGCAGCUCGUUUGGAGAUCAAUGUCCUUGAGAAGAUCAAUGAGAAGGAUCCUGAUAAUAAAUUCCUGUGUGUACAGAUGUACGACUGGUUCGACUACCAUGGUCACAUGUGUAUCUCCUUUGAGCUGCUAGCUCUCAGCACCUUUGACUUUCUAAAGGAGAACAACUACCUUCCCUACUCAAUUGGUCAGGUCAGACACAUGGCCUACCAAAUCUGUCUCGCUGUGAAGUUUCUUCAUGACAAUAAGCUGACACACACGGACCUGAAGCCUGAGAACAUCCUGUUCGUUAAUUCAGACUUCACAAUGUCCUACAAUGUAGAAAAGAAACGAGAAGAGCGGACAGUUAAGAGCACAGCCGUGCGUGUCGUGGAUUUUGGCAGUGCCACUUUUGACCAUGAGCACCACAGCACCAUUGUGUCCACACGGCAUUACCGCGCCCCUGAGGUCAUACUAGAACUGGGCUGGAGCCAUCCCUGUGAUGUGUGGAGCAUUGGGUGUAUCCUGUUUGAGUACUACCUAGGUUUCACCCUGUUUCAGACCCAUGACAACAGGGAGCAUUUGGCCAUGAUGGAGAGAAUCCUAGGACCAGUUCCCUCGAGGAUGAUUCGUAAAACAAGAAAGCAGAAGUAUUUCUAUCGGGGUCGUCUGGACUGGGACGAGAGUUCGUCAGCAGGAAAAUAUGUCCGAGAAAACUGUAAACCUCUGCGGCGGUAUCUGCUGUCAGAGGCGGAGGAGCACCACCAGUUGUUUGACCUCAUUGAAAGCAUGUUGGAGUACGAGCCCUCUAAGAGGCUGACGCUCGCCGACUCCCUCAAACACCCUUUCUUUGAAAAUAACGGCGUUGGCGAGGCCACGGGCAGCAAGACCUGGGAGGGAAACAGAGACAUUAGCCGGUGACACCUGAGCCCUUCAAAGACAGAGUGACAGAGAUCAUAUUUUAUAUGUGGUGCAGGUCUUGAAUUACAGGGGCUCUCGGUGUAUUCUGUCAAUUGUCAUUAAAGCAUGGACACCUUAACGUCUUGCCCUCCCUGUCCUGUCCCUUGGAUGUCCACAUCUGCAGCCACAAGAGGCAUGUUUUUUUUCCUGCAGAGAGACCUAUACGACCCACAAGAGACUGGAAAAGAGUCCGACUUUUUUAGUGGCCUCAGUACAGGACAGAAUCACGAAAGAUUGUUUGUACCCAAGGUAGCCCUCUAUGCAGCUCCAGUCUUCCUUUUGACUUCUGACCCACCUUCAUCCAUCCGUCUGUUAAUUAAUGCUGGAGAAGAAAGGGUAUAAAGGAGGUAGCACAUACAGUAUGUGCAGCGUAGGUCUUCACCCACAUAAGUGUUCACGAUGUCAUAUUUCAAGAUAUUCUUCCCUGAUGACAUCACAUCAACAAAUUGCAAGUGUCUCCAGCCGAGGCAGAUAUCUCGAGUUCAUGUUUUUGUUUUUGUAAGGUGAGCACUUGCACUGUGUAUUAGUUUUUUUUUUAAUGUAUAAAAGGAUGAUCCUGAACAUGGAGACUGUUUACAUCCAAAAUGCUCUUUGCCAAUGAGAUAAUAAUGUGAUGACUCUCCGCACACACACAGGCCUCUGAAGCCCGUCUCAUUCAUAGAUAUAUCUGUUAAUGUUAUACAAAGCUUUCUGGGUGUGUGUCAGGUCAAGGGUGUGAGUUUGUGUAUUGUCGGUGUGGAUCGAGUGGUUAAUGCUCUCAUGUAAACAUAGUCUUUUAGUUGUUGAGCGUUGGUUAUGGAAUUGUCAAGAAUUCUCAAACAUGAAAAAACAGACAAACCGCCUUCUCCAUGUGUGAUAAUGGUUGGAUCCAAUUUGUCACCAUUAAGGUUAAGCACACAGCUCCUGGUGGAAGCCAUUGAGCUCACACACACACACACACACACAGCUCCUGAUGACAUAUUUAUUUUGAGUUCCAAUAGGUCAAUCCCCACUCCCACCUGUAAAUGACAUGUUUUUGUAUGAAAUUAAAGCGUAUAAAACUGUAUAUAUGUAUGAUUGUGUAGAAUUAAAGUUAAGUCCUCCUUGCCUGGGGCAUAUUGGUGCUCCCAGUAUCAGCUUAAGCCUGUGGCUCAAAGGAGGCACUCUGUCUUUAAAUACCA